GUUUAGAACAGUAUAAAAUUAAAACAUUUAGCUGGCUUAAGCAUUAUAUAAUAUCUGAGUUUUGUAGCUACCUCGCGUGCUUCAGCAAAAGCUUCCAUGUUCUGACGCAAUUUUCAUAUAUCGACAAAUUCAUGUUAACAAAAGUUCAUAAUGUUAGGUUGAAGAUUUAUUUUUUAAUAAGUAAACAAUUCAGAAGAAUUGACUACUGAUAAAAAGAUGACCAUAUGCUUAUAUAGUCAGUCAAUAUAUAAUUAUUUAUGGAGAGAAAAAAAAAAGUUAGUUGUAACAUGAAACAUAAUUAUUCUUUCAUGACAACUCCAAUGACCGGGCUUAAGCAUUACAAAUAUUAAAUUCGCACUACCAUAGUUCUGCAUCACCCUCAGUAUUCACCUAGAAAUUUUGAGUUCUGAAACAAUUCAAAAACAAGAGAAGAAAUGGCCGUAGCUCUGGUGGGAGGGGCACUUAUCUCUGCUUCUGUGAAUAUCUUAUUAGAUAAGAUAACGUCCACGGAGUUUCGAGAUUUCUUUGCCAACAGAAAGUGGAAUGUUCCUCUGUUGGAUGAGUUGAAGAUAAAGUUGUUGGCACUAAAUGCUGUGCUCAAUGAUGCAGAGGAGAAGCAGAUCAAUGUUCCUGCAGUAAAAGAAUGGCUGGAUGAGCUCAAAGAUGCUGAGGAUUUAUUGGAUGAAAUCAACACUGAAAAUCUGAGAUGUAAGGUGGAGGGAGAUUCUCAAAAUUUUACAACCCAGGUCAGAUCAUUCAUUUCUCCUCCCUUUAAUCAAUUCUAUAGGAGCAUGAAUUCCAAGCUUGAAGUAAUAUCAAGAAGGCUGCAACAUUUUGUGAAUCAAAUAGCUAUUCUUGAUUUGAAAAUUGUCGCUAGGAGAGUCUCUUCUGGAAGUAAAACAGAUUCAUUAAUUGAACCUAUUGUGGUUGCAAGAAAGGAUGACAAAGAGAAGCUAUUGAGUAUGCUUCUAGAUGAUGAUGAUGAUGAUGAUGAGCCUAAUAAUAUAGAAGUGAUCACAAUAUUAGGGAUGGGAGGGCUAGGCAAAACAACCCUUGCUCAACUCCUUUACAAUGAUACUGAUGUGCAAAAACAUUUUGAUUUGAAAGCUUGGGCAUUGGUAUCUGAUGAUUUUGAUGUUUCCAGGGUAACGAAGAAUCUUGUUGAGUCUAUCACCAAAAAAGCUGGUGAUAUUACUAAUCUAGAUAAUCUUCGUGUUGAAUUAAGGAACAACUUAAAAGAUAAAAGGUUUUUACUCGUGCUGGAUGAUCUUUGGAAUGAGAAGUAUAAUGAUUGGCACAACCUCAUAACUCCUUUUAGCAGUGGAAAAAAGGGAAGUAGGAUCAUUGUGACAACUCGACAACCAAGAGUUGCACAAAUCACACAUACCUUUCCCAUUUGUGAGUUGGAAACACUGACAGAUGAAAACUGUUGGUGCAUUCUUGCCAAACAUGCAUUUGGAAAUGAAGGGUACGGCAAGUAUCCAAUCUUAGAAGAAAUUGGAAGGAAGAUAGCAAGAAAAUGUGGCGGCCUACCAUUAGCUGCUAAAACGUUGGGAGGUCUUCUGCGAUCGAAUGUUGAUCUAGAGGAUUGGAAUAGAAUUCUGAACAGCAACUUAUGGGCACAUGAUGAUGUUUUACCAGCUUUGCGCAUAAGUUAUCUUCAUCUUCCGGCACAUUUGAAAAGAUGUUUUGCCUAUUGCUCAAUGUAUCCAAAACAAGUUUCGAUGGGUAGGAAGGCAUUGAUUAUGUUAUGGAUGGCUGAAGGCUUUCUACAACAAUCCCAUGGAGAGAAAGCAAUGGAAUUAGUAGGUGAGGAAUGCUUUAAUGAGUUGUUAUCUAGAUCCUUACUUCAAAAAGAUGAAGCUGUUGCACAGGAUAAGUUUCGUAUGCAUGACCUCAUUUACGAUUUAGCUAGACUUGUGUCUGGAAAGAGUUCUUACUGCUCUAAGUGCAAUGAAAUCCCCAAAAAUGUUCGUUAUUUAACAUUUUUCAGUGAAGGCUAUGAUGUUUCUAAAAAGUUUGAGGGUUUUUAUGAGCUAAAGUGUUUGCGAACCUUUAGACCAAUACAUAACACUUAUUCUAAAGGAGAUUACAUAACGAAAAAGGUAUCACAUGAUUUACUGCCAAAACUAAGAUGUUUGCGAUUACUGUCGCUAUCUAGAUACAAAAACAUCUCUGAGCUGCCUGAUUCAAUCGGAAAUUUGGUACAUUUGCGGUAUCUAGACCUCUCCUAUACUUCUAUCAAAAGUCUGCCUGAUGCAAUUGUCAAGCUUUACAAUUUGCAGACUUUAUUAUUAUCAAACUGUCAAUUUCUUACUCAACUGCCAGUGAAGAUUGGAAAUCUAGUCAGUUUACGCCACCUUGAUGUCCACAACACUAAUUUGGUGGAGAUGCCAGCACAAAUCUGCAGAUUACAGGAGCUCCGCACCUUGACUGUUUUUGUUAUUGGCAGACAAGAAGAUGGGUUAAGUGUUGCAGAGUUAUCAAACUUUCCUUAUUUGCAGGGUGAGCUUUCUAUUCUUCAGCUGCAAAAUAUUGUAGAUCCCAUGGAUGCAACUCAGGCCAAUUUAAAGAGCAAAGGAAAAAUUGAGGAGCUUAUAUUGGGAUGGGGCAGCGAUCCACAAGAUUCAAAAAUUGAGAAAGAUGUACUUGAGAACCUACAACCAUCAACAAAUUUAAAGAAACUCCACAUCAGAUACUACGGUGGUACUAGCUUUCCAAAUUGGGUGGGGAAUUUUUCAUUUUUGAACAUUGUUAUGUUGAGAAUCAGUGACUGCAACUAUUGCUUAUCACUCCCACCAUUUGGACAGCUACCUUCCCUUAAAGAGCUCUUCAUUGUAAGAAUGAGAAUGGUGAAGACAAUUGGUCAUGAGUUCUACUGCAGCAACGCAGCCUUCUCUUCAUUUCAACCAUUUCCUUCGUUGGAGAGUUUGGAAUUUGAAGAUAUGCCAGAGUGGCAGGAAUGGCUACCAUAUGAAGACCUGUCAGACAAUGGUAACAAUUUUCCUUUUCCUUGUCUUGAGCAUUUGCGGCAACUGCCCUAAGUUGAGAGGAAACCUUCCCAAUUCUCUACCUUCAAUGACAAAGGUUGAUAUCUCAGAGUGCAACCAGCUAGAGGUAAAAGCAACUAAUCUGCAAUGGAAGAUCUCAAUUGAAUUUUUGAGUGUUGAAAAGUGUGAAAGCUUGCUACAAUCUUUGCCUAGAAUGAUAGGUGGCGCCAAUUGUCUUCAAAAAUUGAUUCUUCACAGCAUCUCAUCUUUUAUUUCCUUCCCAAGUGAUGGUUUGCCAACUUCGUUGCGCUCACUAAUAAUUAAGGACUGUGAGAAGCUAGAAUUUCUGUCUCUUGAGACAUUGCACAAUUAUUAAUCACUUAAAUAUCUGAAAAUCUGUAACAGUUGUCAUUCCCUGUCGUCCUUUCCAUUUGGUUUACUCCCAGCCCUUCAAUUUCUUGUUAUCAUGUCUUGUCCAAACAUGGAAGCAAUUUCUACUCAACCAGGAGGGGCCGCUCCCAACUUGCUUGAGUUUUGGGUCGUUGAUUGUAAGAAACUUAAGUCACUACCAGAACAGAUUGAUCUCCCUGCCCUUAAAUACUUGCGGAUUGAGCUUGGGGUUCUAGCAUCAUUUCCUCCAAUCUAUUUGUCUUCCAAUAUACAAUACCUUGCCGUUGAUCAUGUGGUGCUAUCAUUUAUGUUUAAACUUGAGUCAGGUUUCCCAUUCCAACAUCUGACUUCUCUGUCACGUCUUAUUUUGAUUGGUUUUGGGGAUGAAAAUCUUGUAAACAACCUGCUGAAGAAGCCAUUACUUCCCACUUCUCUUGAGCUUCUGGAACUAUCCAAUUUUGGUGAUUUAAGGAUCUUGGAAGGAGCACAAGGGUUUCAACACCUUAAUUCUCUGAAAAUGCUUUACAUCACCAAAUGCCCGAAGCUUGAGUCGUUGCCUGAAGAUCAGCUGCCACCCUCUCUUGAAUUGUUGUGUAUUGAGAGUUGUCCUUUACUAGAAGCAAGGUAUCAAAGUCAGAAGGGGAAACACUGGUCUAAGAUUGCUCGAAUUCCAGCCAUACAGAUCAAUCAGCAAGUUAUCCUUAAAUGAAGAGGAUUCAUCCAAAGGAUUAUAUUGGUUGCCUCUAUGUAAGAGGCAAGGCUGGUGAUAGUUGGAUCUAUGUGCGUUGGUUAUCAACAUCAGCGAUGUGCUACAGUUAAUGAGCAAUGAAAAGUACAAAAGUAUAGAGCAUUGAGUAGUUGACGAUCGAAGCAAGACCAGGAUCUCCAUGCCAAUCUUUGUCAACCCAGCACCUGAGUGAUUAUCGGCCCUUUGCCAGUAUGCUGGAGAAUGGAGAUGAACCAAAAUAUAAACAAGCCGUGAACUUUGACUGUUUCAAAUACUUCUUCAGCAAGGCUCAUGAUGGGAAGAAAACUAUUUAUUUCAAGGUGCUUAGAUAACAUACCAGGAAAGCAUAUCUCAUGGACAUCCUUUUUUAACUGCAUUCUUCCAUGCUGCAUUCUUGUACUGGUUAUACAAAGAGAGAAUUAGGUAAACUAAAUAUUCUCUUUUAAUAUAUGUUGAGACUUUGAGUUUGGGUAAGAAUUAAAAAAAUAAAUAAAGAAGUUUCGCAUUGGAUGAAAAAGAAAGUGCUAAGCAUUAUAUAAGUCAAAGGACCCAUACAUCUAAGACCUUAGGAUUUUGGGUGAAAAAUGUGAUAUGAUUCACUAAUGUGGUUUGCUACUUGUCAAAUGUGGUGUAUAAAAUAUAUAUUCAUGUC